CUUCACAAUGAGGAUGACCCCCCAGAACCUUCAGCGGCUGAGCAGCCUUCCACGUCUACUACUGAGACUGCGCAGACUCCCCAGACAGCAGCCUUAUCCGAAGCAGAUACGUCCCCUCCACCAUACUGUAGCAUAGCUGUUGUAGAAGCAGCUGCAACCUCAGAAACACACAAUGAAUUUUAUCCUGUACCACCUCCAUACAGCGUAGCUACCUCUCUUCCUACUUAUGAUGAAGCAGAGAAGGCCAAAGCUGCAGCAAUGGCUGCUGCUGCAGCAGAAGUUGCCCAACGACACGCCCAGUUUAGGGAGUCUAGGAGUCUGUUUGAUGAAAUAUUCCUCAGUCAUCCAGAGGAAGAAGAGUAUCCGCCACGGGAUGAUUUCAGUGAUGCAGAUCAGCUUAGAGUGGGCAAUGAUGGCAUCUUCAUGUUGGCAUUUUUCAUGGCAUUUAUUUUCAACUGGAUUGGAUUUUGUUUAUCCUUCUGUAUAACAAAUACCAUAGCUGGAAGGUAUGGUGCAAUCUGUGGAUUUGGUCUCUCCCUGAUCAAAUGGAUUCUCAUUGUUCGGUUUUCAGAUUAUUUUACUGGAUAUUUCAAUGGGCAGUACUGGCUUUGGUGGAUAUUUCUUGUACUUGGACUUCUCCUGUUCUUUCGAGGCUUUGUUAAUUAUCUCAAAGUCAGAAAUAUGUCUGAAAGCAUGGCAGCUGCUCACAGAACAAGAUUUUUUUUCUUGUACUGAAGACUGCAUCGAACAGACAUUCCUUUCCUAUACCAGUGUGAAACUUCCAGAUGAUCUGUAACCCUGCGAGUUAAUAGGAUAGAAGACUACUAAACCAGAAGACAAAUUAGUGAAGAUACGGCUUCAAAAACAAAUGACGGGAUGGUUUAUGCUCAAAUACCAGUUCUGGUCAUUCUAGUAAAUAUUUAUGAUUACUGCCUUUUGUUUUGGCACAUUUGUACAUGUGCUUAUUAAAAAGUAUUGAAGUAAGAACAAGCCAUCUGUUAGUAUAGUUUAGGUACAGUCAAACUCGGUUAGUCUGUGCUUGUUUUAUCUGACAGAUUUAAGUGGUAACUUGUUUCACAGCGUAUAUGUACCACUGCCUUGUUGAUCUGAACUUUGAGUACAAUGAAAUGCAUUAAGUGAUUCAGAUUAACCCAUUUAGACAGGGGUAUUUUUAUAUAAUUUAGAUUCAUCUAAUGAUUGUGUAAAACACUUUCAAGUUUACUAAACCCCAGAAUUCCUUGUUGUCACAAACAUGUAUUCGCUAAUAUUUUAUCAAAUUCAAACCAACAUGCUGGUUUGCUUAAAAUGAUACUCCACUUUGAGU